AUGGCAACGAAAAGUUGGUUUACUCACCAAAGCGACGUGUAUUCGAUUGGAUUAGUGCUUUGGGAGAUAUCUGAGCGAGAAGUUGUUUAUGCUAAAUAUGGAGUGAGUCAAUUUGAUCAUUUCACCUUUUUCUCCGAUUUUCAACUUGGAAAUGUUCAAUUGCCAUCGCCACACUGUGACGAAACUCUCAAACAAAUGAUACUAGAUUGCACAGUUUUUGAUCACACAGCUCGACCUGCUAUUCACAAAUGCUUGACUCAAAUUGACGAUUUUCAAAAG